AAUUCAGGAUGGGCUUUUUCUACCGCCUCCUGUACUGGAAUUCAUCAGUCGCCCAUUGCUAUCUCACAUCUGGAUUUGUGUGCUGAAAGACAUCAAAUGUAGGCGAAAUGAAGGACGAGAAAAACACGCGGUUGCCCCCGAGUGCCGAGACGGAGCAUAAAAAUGCAGCUGAUGUGGAGGUUGGCCGGGCGGGCAGCGGAUCAGCGCUGAACCCGGUGCUCCAUGAAGCGGGAUCAGACCGAGCCUCCGCGCCGACAGCCCGAGCAGGGACGGGAAUACGCGUUUUGAAGCGUAACAUGAAGAGGAAUGGCAGCCGAGGCUGUGUGACCCGGAAGACACGUUUUGGCUCUCGCGAGCGUGACUGGCUGAAGGGUGAUGCUCAGCGAGGCUGUGUGUGUCUAUACGGGGCCUCGGAGUCUCAGCCUCCUGCAUCGGGUCCCCAGACCACCUCCACCACCCAGCCGGACCUGAAACUGGUGCUCUGCUCGACCAACACCACUGUUGAGGAGCUCUGCGCUCAAAGAGAUGUUCAGGGUCUCUACUUGCAGCUGCACGGAGACUUAAUCAGGAGGCUGGACCCCUCCGAGCAUCCUCUUCAGAUGGUCUAUGACUACCUGACUGCUAUGGGCUACGAAGACCCGCUCCGUGUACAACAGGAAGCAGCCAACUCAGACCUCAGCUGCAUGAUACGAUUUUACAGUGAGAAACCAGUUAACGCUGACCAGCAGGAGCGGACUCUUCUGAAGGGUGUGUUCAGUGUCAGGAAGGGGAAGACACAGCUCCAUAAAUGGGCAGAACGGCAGGUCAUCCUGUGUGGGACAUCUCUUAUCGUGGCCUCUGUCAAGGACAGUCUGACCGGCAAGAUGCACAUUCUGCCCCUGGUCGGGGGAAAGGUCGAGGAGGUGAAGAGGAGGCAGCACUGUCUAAUGUUCAGCUCCGCUGGCCCGCAGGCCCAGACCUACUACGUUAAUUUUGACACACUGGCCGACUACCAGCGCUGGCAUCGGCAAGCUUCAAAAGUGGUGUCUCAGACGAUAAGCCUGGUGGAUUUAUCCUGCUACAGUCUGGAGGAAAUGCCAGAGUAUCUCUUCUACUGCCAGGACAUCACACACCUCAACCUACGCAACAACUUCAUGAGGCUGCAUGGUCCUGGAGGACUCGUCAACUUCAACAGAUUUGCACAGCUAAGGAGCUUAAAUCUUUCUCACAAUGGGCUGGGUGUGUUUCCGGAGUCAGUGUGUGAGAUCCAGACCUUGACGGAGCUCUAUCUCUCCUGCAACGGUCUCAGUGCCAUCCCCGCCCGCAUUGGCAAUCUCCAGAGCUUACAGACUCUGUCUCUGGAUGGAAAUCAGUUAGAUUCUCUACCAGAGGAGCUGGGCAACCUCGUGCAGCUCUGCAGCUUGGGACUUUCUUUCAACGAUUUCCCUAACAUACCCAGCGUGGUGGAGAAGCUCUGUGCCCUGGACAAGCUUGCGAUGGCUGGUAACAGGGUGGAGACCCUAGGUCUGUGCAUCCUGCUUCGAAUGACUCACAUUAAGAGUAUUGAUUUACGGUUAAAUGGCCUCUGCUGUGUUAAAAGUGAAACUCUGGAGCCCAUAAAACAUCUAACCCAGCUUGACUUGAGAGACAACCAACUGACUUCUCUGGACCUGAGCUCGGCCUGCAGUCUGGAGACCCUGCAGUGCCAGCGAAACCAACUCGGAGCCCUCACACUCAGUGGCUUCACUCUACGCACACUCCACACCAAUAACAACCGUCUGACCACAGUGAACAUCUACCCUGUUCCCAACCAUCUAACACAUAUGGACCUAUCAAGGAAUCUUCUGGAAUACCUUCCGGACUGGGUGUGUGACAGCAGGAAGAUUGAAGUGCUGGACAUCUCCCAUAAUUUGCUGUCUGAGCUCCCAGCCAGACUACUUAGCAGCCUGAGUCUCCGUAAACUGCUUGCUGGCAACAACCGAUUGGAGAGACUUCCUGACCUGCUCGACCACAUCCCGUUGGAAACACUCGACCUGCAGCACAACAAGUUGAAAGAACUGCCAGAGAGCUUCUUCUACAAGGCCUUAAAUUUAAAGUAUCUGAAUGUGUCCGCCAAUGCACUGGUGACAAUCCCGCCAAGCAGCCAAUCGGAGGAGAGCCUCAGCACCCUGCAGGAGCUCUAUCUCACAGGAAAUAACCUGAAUGAAAACUGCGCUGCUCUACUGGUGGGGCACCAGAACCUGCGGGUCUUGCAUAUGGCUUAUAACCAACUGCUCUCGUUCCCUGCUAGCAAACUCAGUAAACUGGAGGUUUUGGAGGAGUUGAAUCUGAGUGGGAACAAGCUGAAAAUGAUCCCCUCCACUGUGUCCAGCUGUAAGAGACUUCACACCCUCACUGCCCACUCCAACCAUAUCAGUGUGUUCCCUGAGGUCCUCAGCCUGCCUGAGAUCAAGCUAGUGGAUGUGAGCUGUAAUGAGCUGACAGAAAUCCUGUUGCCAGACUCUCUGCCCUCCACACUGCAAGAGCUGGACCUUACCGGCAACAGCAGCCUCAUACUGGAGCAUAAAACCCUCAACCUCUUCAGUCACAUAAGUACUUUGAAGCUGGACCAGAAGCCGGCUGUGACCGCAGGAGAUACUCAGGGCUCAUCCACCCUCUGGGAUCAUGGCUACGCUGAGAUGUGUGGUCAAAGAAACAAGUUGUGUGUGUCUGUGCUGGCUGUAGAUCGCUUUGGGGACAGUCCAGAGGCUGCUUACGGGAUUUUUGAUGGGGACCGUAAUGAGGAAGUUUCCAGGCUUCUGCAGUGCACCAUGGGAGAUGUAUUGGCAGAGGAGAUACAGCACUCCAAUUUGGACAGUGUGUACAUGUGCAACACUUUCCUAACCUCUCAUAGGAAACUUGGUAUGGCAGGCCAGAAGCUUGGUGCUUCUGCUCUACUUUGUUACAUCCAUCACGAGUCUUUUGAGUCGGGUAGCUACUUCAGCCUCACUGUGGCCAAUGUGGGGACCUGCCAGGCUGUGCUGUGUCGUGAUGGGCAACCUCUUGCCCUCUCAAAGGUUUUCAGCCUAGAACAGAGUGCUGAGGAGAUGGAGCGUGUUAAACUGGCUAAAGCUAUCAUCACUGAGGACAACAAGGUGAGUGGGGUGACAUGCUGUUCGCGGUUACUUGGCUGUUCAUACCUGUUUCCUUGGGUGCUUCCCAAACCCUGGGUGCACACUGAGCCUCUGUGUUCCCAGGAUGAGUUCCUGAUCCUUGGAAACAAAGCACUCUUCCAGAAGAUCUCAUACCAGGAGGCAGUAAGCACUGUUCUUGCCGUCAGAGACCCCCGCGCUGCUGCCAAAAAGCUUGGCACGCUGGCACAGAGCUAUGGGUGUCGGGAUAAUGUUGGAGCUGUAGUAGUAGCUUUGCAUAUCGGGGAAGACAGCUGUACAUGCGAGCCUCCUCUCUUGACCACAGAUAACCGAGGACCGCCUGCUCCGACACCUUUACCAUUCUCCGUGUCCCCUGGCGACCCAGCCACCCCAUCAUCCAGCAGUGGCAUUGCCUCGGAGUUCAACAGCGAGAUGUCGGCCUCGGAAGUGGGUAGCGAGGCUGGGUCUACGGCCUCGGACGAGCACCCCUCUUCAGGGCCAAAUGCUCGUCCAGAACGUCGUUGUAGUCUGCACCCUGUUACGUUGUGUAACACGGGGCCACUGACGAGCCUAGGACCUGGGACGCACACAGCUCUGUUUCAACGCCAACCUUCCAGUGCCACAUUCUCUAGCAACCAGUCUGACAAUGGGCUGGACAGUGAUGACGAGGCUCCCCUAGAGGGCGUCAUCUCAAAUGGGAGUAAGCUCGAAGUGGAGGUGGAUAUUCAUUGUUGUGCUUUCCAGCUGCGCUCUGGACCACCUGAAAGCCCUAAAGAUCUGGACGGCCGUUAUGACUCGCGGGGCUCAGACUAUCCCAACAGCAAAAUGCGGCGACAAAACAGUGUGGUGGUUUCGGCCACCAACGGGUGCCUGUUGGCUGUGUGUGGGCGAGAAAUCUCUGAUCUGAAGAAGUCCCCAUCCACCUCCAGCCUCUUUGGAAAGAAGCUCUCCAAUGGCUCCGUAGUAGCUCUGGAGGAAAGCCACAACAUCAUUGAAGUUGCACUUGAGGCGCCCAAAAAGAAAUCUGGAUAUUUUGCCGCACCAGCCCAGCAAGACCCGGAAGACCAGUUCAUUAUACCGCCUAGUCUGGAACAGGAUGUUAGAGAGCAGCUAAAAGGCCAGAGCCCUGUAGUUCCAGGGCCACCACCUCCUUCAACACCUCCCUCAGCAAGAGAACCAAACUGGGACCACCCUAACCCAGUCCUUCCUGGUCUCCACCUCACCACCGUCCUGCCACAGGAUGUAUAUGACACGGCUCUCUAGUUGGUGCUUGAAGACAGCGCCAUCAGAGCAUCUUCGCAUCGUAGUGCCACAUCAAAGAGGCUAGCACGCUCUUCCUGCCUUUAUUAUAUUCUAGUUCUUCUUUAGCGUUGUCAUCAUGCGUGGUUUCCCUGCAUGUGCAUUUCUGUGCUGAUAUGUGGGUUGCAGACUGGAAAUGGGCACAUGUUUCAGGACCAAUGAAAUCUUUAAAAUUGAGGUCUUGAAAUACAUGAGCUAUUCCUGGCCAAUAACCACAGCAUGGAGCUGGAGUACCUCAUACAUCACUAUGCGCAAUCUCAUUUUCGACAUUUGCCCUUCAUAUCAAAGUUCGCUGGCUAAAAUAGGCUUCAAAGAUCACAUUUGCCUUCUGGCAGAACGAUACGAGCUAAACUAAGACCAAAAGAUGAGAAAAGUGCCUCUUGAAGAUGGUUGAGGUUCUCUGAACCUUUACUGAUCUGGUGUAUGUGCAGUAUCUUUCUCCUACCUUCCAAAAUUCUGUUUAGUCAGUGGUGUUUAGCACUUGUGAAGUCCGUGAGGAAUUCAGUGGUUCAAACGGAUCACUUUCCCAUCUGACCUGCUGGAAACAUCCAACGCUCCAUUAAUGGAAAAGAGAGGUCAUGGUGGAAAGAUGUUUUGUUGGAAAAAAAAAAACAACAACAGAGCUUUCUUCACCUCCCCUGAUAUCCACUUGCCUGCAUACAGUAUCUCCCAGACAAAGCCAUGGGGUUUUUGAGAGAAUAACGCCACCUCUCUGGAACCCUCUGCACAAUAGAAGCAAACAAUGAACCCAUAGCAUUCAAACCCUGACAGAUCUAUCGUAAAGAGAGGAGUGAUGGAUGUCAGAGUGAGAGAGAAAACACCCUCCAUUUCCUGUUCUUAGUACAUCCAAUGCACAGUUGAAGUAUUUUCACACCUCUUGUUCAUUUGGGGGACUGGAAAAGACCUCACAACCUUGUCUGAAACCAUAACUUGAGCUGUCUCGGGUUGUUUAGAGUACUUGAAGUUUCGAGUGUGCCAUGACAACAUGACAGAGCCCAUGCUCUAAUGCAUUGGGCCGUGAAUAUGUCAUUGGGUCUUUGCGGUAGUAUGACAGAGUUGUGCUGUUGAUGUGAGUGAGGUUGGGAUAUUUUCUCAUUAUAUAGGAAAAAAGUGAACUGCUAAUAUGAUGACAUUAAAUGUAUUUUUAGCAUUAAGAGGUACAGGGCAUAUGAUAUGACAGUAUGGAUUGUGCAGUGUGUGUGUGUGUGUGUGUGUGUGUGUGUGUGUGUGUGUGUGCGCGCGCGCGCAUGUGUGUGAGAUUUAUUUUAGUCAUGUAUGGACCGUAUAAGGAAGAAAUAGAAGAUAAUUGCUUGCUGGGUCAUUUGAGUGUUUCAUUGCCACAAUCACAGCAUCAGGGAAUUCUGUGCAGUAAAACACUGUGCUCAUGGUGUGAGGAGACAUCUAGUGGUGUUUAUUGGAAACAACAGUGUUGUUUUUAGGCUUGAAAGGUUUUUUUCCCUGUAUCUAGCACAUUGUGUAUAAUGAUUAAGUUCUGUUCAUGCAGACCAUUAUUAUGCUACAUUUCAGAUGUUUUUUUAAGGACAUAUUUAUGGUAACACUUUACAAUAAGGUUGUACCUGUAUUCAUUAACACUAGUUUACUACAUCAGUUAAAAUGAUCUAACAAUAAACAAUACUUUUACAGCACUUAAUAAUAUUGGUUAAUGUUAAUUUCAACAUACAUAUCUACAAUUAAAAGUUGUAUAUAUUAACAUGAAUUAAUGUUUCAUGAACAAACAUGAACUAACA